AUGUUGUUUUAUCGUCGCAUCCCUUUCAGACUUCGUUGCCUAGGAGUUGUCUUGGUCGUCGUCGGACUCUUCGCCGUCUUAUAUGGGCGUUCAACUCUCGAAACAAGUGCGUACUUGUUCAGACCUAUAUGGGACUCACCAGGGACGCCAUGGACAAUCAUACCACAUUACUACGCGGAAGGGAUAUCGGGCGCUGAUAUUUGUGCUGCCAACAGCUGGAGUUGGAGGAAUGAGGGGGACCAUGUGCCAAAAGUUUUCGACGCGAUAAUAUUUAGCGUGGAGCUGGAUCUCUUAGAAAUUAGAUUGCGAGAGCUUCUACCGGUUGUCGACAAAUUUCUCAUUUUAGAAGCUGAAUCAACAUUCACCGGUCUUCCUAAACCGCUAGCCUUCCAGCAGAACCAAGAGCGUUUUUCCUUCGCAGCGAAUAAGAUAGUGCACCGUGUUACUACUUUACCUCACCUGGAGAAGGGAGAGGAUCCAUUUAAAGUGGAAAAUGCCAUGAGAGUGGCGAUGAACGAUUUGUUGCGGGAAGUCAAUGUUGAAGAGGGUGACUGGGUUAUUAUGUCGGACGUUGACGAGAUUCCUGCCCGUCACACCAUUGGACUCCUUGGGAACUGCACGGGCAUCCCGUCUCCGCUGCAUCUUCAACUACGAUCAUACAUGUAUUCAUUCGAGUUUCCUUAUGGAAAUGGCAUGGAUAGUUGGCGAGCUCAGUUGCACCGUUACGAGCCCUCCUCCACCUAUUAUCGGCAUUCUCGGUCUAGCGACUUUCUGCUAGUUGAUGCAGGAUGGCAUUGCUCAUUCUGCUUUCGGACAAUAAAAGACUUUGUCUUCAAGAUGACAGCCUACUCGCACUCUGAUCGAGUCAAACAUGAAGGCUUACUUGAUGAAACAAGAAUUCAAAAAGUCAUCUGCGAAGGAUCUGAUAUCUUUGGUAUGCUGCCAGAGGCGUACAGCUACAGGGAAUUCUGGAGCAAAUGGGGCAAGCUAGAUAAAUCAGCAUCUGCAAUCCACCUACCACAACAUUUAAUUGCCAAAAAGGAGCGGUUUCGAUUUUUGCUCCCAGCCAUCGACCAUAAGCAAGGCCAACUUCGGCAACUGCGAGAGCACCAAGGAUUCCUGCGGCGACUUGAGUCCCUUCAGUGGGUCCGCAUGAAGACGAACUGGCCAGACAUCGCGUUGAAUUGUGGAGAACGCUCAGUAGGAGAACUUCGGGAAGGAUAUUGCUGUAAAAUUGGUGCAAGGUUCAUGUUGCCAAGUUGUCCCACUGUGGAGAUUUCCAUGUUGAUGCUGCUAGAGCAACAACCGGACUUUGCCCAGGUGGCCUACAUGGCUCGACUUCCUCCGGAGAUGCAAGUUUCGGUCUUCAUAAGUUCCCCCAAUCAGUGGCUUUCCCUGAGAAAUCAGCUAAUGAUGCUUCUGCAGAAUGGGUUUACAACUGCGCAGAUAUUGCAGUUGGGGAUCGAGCGAUCCGUACUGACGGCGUGCGUCGGUGACGUAGUUUUUCAAGACAAUUCCUCACCUGCGGCAGAAAAGGGACCUCUGCCUAACAGUUUGGACGGAAAUCGGAAGGCUGUUCCUGCCAAGUUCCCUCAGAGCGACCUUCUCAAUUCAGAGGUGAAGAAUGAAAGCGAUGGACCAGUGUCGCCCGCCAAUAUGAGCGGCGAUAUAUGCACGAAGGAGAUCACCAGAGCAGCUGAUGCAGCGCCAAAUGAUGAUCCAUGGAUAACUCUUUUUGAGUCUGCCCCUCAACUUCCUGUUACUGACACCACGAGCGACUCGAUCUGCACAUCUUCCCUGCCUUGCGGGGAAAUCACCAGCGGUCACCAAAAGGAGAGUGACACUGAAGAAGGAGAAAUAUGUGAAGACAUGGAUUUAGAGGAAAAUGAAUUGAUGCGGAUUGUCGAUCGUGUUUGGGAAACUGUGAAAGUUGGGGGUUCCGUUAGGGAGGGUAAGCACAGUAGACCGACAGCAAUUGAAUUGAACAACGUGUCUCCCUAUACUGCCGGAUAUGCACAGCCGCGGCCGUUCAUUCGUGAGAGAUUCAUAAACUACGUCAUCGACCUUAGUGAAUCGGAAGAAGAGGACGUCAAUGAGCCUGCGAGCGAACCUAACCACAGAGCUGUAAAAAUGAAAACUGCGACAGAGAUGGAAGCGGUACGGAAGAGGAUGGAAGAGUUAGAACAGCAAAAGAAGGCUCUUCAAAACAAAAUGCGUCUGAUCGCAGCAAAAAAGCGGAAGGCCGAGGCGAAAGGGCCACUACAAGCACCUGUCACAGACGUUAGCUCUAGCGCCGGAAAUAUAUCUGGGGCUGAGCUCCCAGUUCGAAAUCAAGCAUCCAAGGUACGGGCACCUGCGACCGCGGCAGUGCAACCAUCCGCGGGAAGCAAAGCAGUGGUGUCAAGCAGCACGAUCUCCGCAGCUCCUGUUGCGGCGGCAGAAAGCACUACCACCGGCGAAGAGCUCAGCACGUUGGUGUCUGCCGCCCGUCAUUUGCGCCAGCAACAACUAGAGGCGGCAGUACUAUAUAACGAAACCUCCCUUGCCGCUGCACAGGCUGAAGUUGUUGGAAAGGAGGGCGAGCGAACUAGAUUACAGACUCAAAUCCAGGAAGUGCAUGAAAAGAGAAACAAAGCUCAAGCUGCGAUAACAGAGCGACGUGCACUGCUAGAAGAAUUACAAAGGCAAAUCGAACAGGACGAGAUGACCGUUGCGUCAUGCUUGAAGGUCGAGGAAGAGCUUGCCAGUCAACUCUCCCUGCUGAAUAAAGACAUAUCAGCACACGGAAGCAAAAUAUCUCGUCUUCAUGAAACGAUCAAAGCAAAACGGCAAGAGAUUCUCGAUUUAACUAAGGAAUCUCAGCCACAAGAACCGCAGCCCGAACGCCUUGGGGCCAAACGUAGCAAUUCCAGUUCUACCGGAAUGCAAUCAAAGCGCCUCAAAUUGUCCAAUCCCGAAACACAGCAUGGUGACGUACAGCGUGCCGAUACACACUUCGUACAGUUCUUGAAAAAGACGGUAUCAGCCAUUGAUACUUCCAACCACGCUGAGUCACCAGUUGGUGUGAAUCGAGAGCAGGUCGCGUGUUUCCCAGACUUAGAACUGGAGAAGCUACAGGGUGAUUUGCCAUGGCAGGAGGACGUGACGAUCGAGCCUUUGAUGGCAGUGUGCGGUUAUUUGCGCAGAGAGAGUGAUUUGGGUGUGAUCUUCGAUGUGUACAAGUCUCCGUUCCCAGCGAACGGUCGGUGGAAUUGUGAGCGUGAAGAGGUCCACAGUAUAAAUGUCACGCAUGACACGGCCGGGGAUGGAGUGUGUAAGAAGAAGCUUUCUCCGUAUAAUAGCACGCUGUCGAGGUUCAGAUCGUUCCGCUUCAGCAAAGACUAUGACAAAGAUAUAAAAUCUUUAACAUGGAGCAAUAAAGUUGACCCCUUCCAGAAUCUCUGCCGCUUUGAAUUGGAAGGCGGAAAAUGUUUUGAUGAGAAGUGCAAAGGGCAGCAUUUUCGCGAUAUCACUAUGUCAGAGGAAGAAAUGGUAAUGGACUUGAUUUCCUACACCACCCCUAAUCAUUUGCCUCUUGAGAAGAUAAGGGAGUUGAAGGAGGGAUGGCAGGCUUCAGGUGCCAAAGUCUCUGCGAUAGGUGACCUUACACGGGCUAUUCAUCAACAAAAACCGCGAGAAGACAGCAUCAUAUCAAUAUCUCUUGGGCGCCGGCAUGACCUGAAGGGAUUGCUAAGAAGUGACCACAGUGCCAAUUGUCCGACCCAGCCAUAUCGCCAGGAUGUGGAGAAAGAGACGCAAUCGACUGGUCUACAUAGCCACACAGCCGAAACUGCUAGCCUCGCUCCACCAGUCCUGCAUCUUCCCCCGCGCGUACCCAUCCUAAUAUCAGGAAUCCAAAAGAUUGCAAAUGGAGAAAAAGUGAAGAAUGGACGAUACUUCGAAGCGUCAAUUUCGGAAGAAGAUUCUGAAAUGCUGGUCGCUAGAUACCCACGUACAGUUGAAAACUGGGUGAACUAUGCCACCGAAGCACUGCCCGACCUGACAAAUAAAGAGCUGGAGAAGUCUUCUGGGAAUCUAAAUAAAGUCUUGAACAUUCUAUCACGAGCUUUGCAAGCGAACCGCAGUUCAGAGGUUCUGUGGGAAUUCUACUUGGAAUUAUUUUGUCGCCGAGGGAAAGAGGAGGACGUACGAGAGAGCUUUGAGCAGGCGCUUCAAUUUCUCCCAAAGUCUUUGCAGCUCGGAUGGCGCUGGUUUCUGUGGGAAACGGCGAAUGCUCGAAAAGAGGAAGUUUUAAAGAGGAUGAUAGAUGCCCUAAUCUCGGGGUCGGAAUACCAAGGUGCUCUUAUUGAUGUGGUGUUACAAAUCACACGGAUAUGUUUGGAUGACGGCAGAGUGAAAAACGCCAAAUCCUGGCUAUGGGCCUUUCUAACAGCGACUUCACCCACUGCUAUACUGAUCGACACUGCAGGCGAUGGUGUCUCGACUGGGGCGGCUCUCCCCGAUCUAUGUAAAACGGUGGCAUUCGAAAUCCUAUCAAAAGCUGAUUUAGCAUUGGCAUGGUUAACGUAUCUUCACCUAUUGUACUUUGAAGAUUUACCGUGUGACCUGUUCCACGAUUAUCCUUAUCACUAUUUAGUUAAGCGACGUUUUUGGGAGGUUAUGUGGCUUAAAAGAUGGAACCGCCCGGGAGACACAGACACUUCAGUAGAACACAUACACAGCAUAUUCGAUCACAUAAUAACAUCUUGGAAGAUGUUUACCCAAGAAGGGGAGAGGAUGCCUUACGUCGCGUUGAUUCGAAACUAUUGCAACUUUCUGCGGCAAGUGGCAAGGCAGGAACCUGAUGAGAUACGAACCUAUUUGAUGAAAACAAUUCAAGCGCAUGCAAACAUCCCUGAUCUGUGGGACUUGCACGGCUUGCUUGAGGAGUCAUUCGGCGAAGUCCCCAAGGCAAUGAAUGCGAUGAAGAUGUACUUGCAAAGAGUACCAGAAGAGUUUGCCCUGUGGAAUCGAUAUGCGAAGCUCACGCUGGUCAGCGGAAAUUGGGACGACCUGAUUCGCAUCCUGGUUAAUUGUGUGCGAGCCAUUUUUGUUGGUUUAGACGACAUUCAUACCUUGCCGUCGCAGAGCAUAGGUGGCAUUGUGGAUGAGGCGUUGUUGUUGUAUCGGAAAGCCCUUGCUCUGAGUGUUCCUACCCACAGAGCGCCUGAGGUUCACCCACACCUUGAUAGGACUCAGCUGAAAUCCAAUGUAUAUUUGUGGCUGAAUUAUCUGAUGUUGCAGUCUCUUCAUAUUUCUGAUGGGGAGGCACCGCGAGAGAUACGUCAAUCGUUUGAUCAUGCUGUUGAGGCAGUGAAGGAAGCGGAUAGUCGACAUAUUUUGUGGAUGGAGUAUCUCCGGUUUGAGCUGGCCGCGGGACCAGAAGACAGUAUCCCCAAAGAUGCGAUGAAAAGGACGAUGUCUGUUCUCGGCAGAGCGUUACGGGAUAUCAAGGUUGAAAUACCUCACCCUGGACGGCCUCAGAGCUCCACUAUGGAAUUUAUGAAGAUGGUUCCCCUAAGGGACCUCGCCCUCUCAUGCCGUUUAUGGGAGGUGUGUUUUACAGCAUACCCUGCUGAUAAGCAAGCUGAACUCAUUGACUUGGUUGUGCAUGGCCAACUACCGUUGGGUGCUUCUCCGCUCACGGCGAAAGCUGCUUUGCAACUUGGAAACGUUGUUGGUUGUCAGCAUAUUUUGUAUGCCUCCCUUAAUUUGAAUCCAAAGCGAGGGCUCGUAUGGACAAUGGCGAUCCUUCUCGAUUAUCUCACCGGGAACUUGCAGCAAGCAGAGUUGCUCUUUGAGCACGCCAAACAGUAUGUUGCUCAUUUACCUACAGGUCUGAUAUGGCAUGGGAUGGCUGCAACUGCAUAG